AUCUCUGACAAUCUCCGGUCAAAAAAAAAUCAUCAAAUUGUAAAAAACACCCAAUCAGUCCCCUCUAACUUUAUAAAAUCUAGAUUAGUUGCCGAUGAUUUAACAAAAAAGCAUUUUGGGCUCACUUCUUUUUCUUAGUUUUUCUAAUGAAAUAUUCAGUGACAAAAAAAUUGAUUAAUUCCAUUUUAGUUUUAAAAUAAUGUGGACAACAAAAACUAGAGAUUAAUGUAAUAAAUAAAUCGAGGUAGCAUUUCAAGUUCAGAAAAUUGAUUUAUUUUGAUACUUUAUGAUAUUUAAUAUAUCAUUCGAUAGGAUAUACAUAAAAUAGGAGAAACCCAACAAUGUUAGCUAGCUUUUUUGUAGAGAAACCCUAGCCAACGCAAAAACAAACAAGCAUCAAUCAUCAAUGGAUCGUAGUAUUACCAAAGGAGUUGAUUGCAUAAGCUCAAUGCCAGACGUGAUCCUCCACCAUAUUCUCUCCUUUAUUCCCAUUGGUCUCGCCAUCAGAUCUUCCACCUUGUCCAAACGAUGGAGGCAUGUAUGGUGCGAGACACCUCGUCUCGACUUUCGUGGCUAUCACCCAAUGGCAACUGCUCGCGAUAUAAACCAAACUCUAAUUUCCUACAAGGCUCCGAAAAUCACGAGUUUCCAUCUUUGUGUGAUCGUCUGGGUCCCUAAACUUGAGCCCCAGAUUGAUAGCUGGAUCGAGUUCGCUGUGUCCCGUAACGUGGAGCAGCUGUUUCUGUCCUUCGGUUGUCGUGUUAAUCACGCGACUUAUCGUUUCCCUAACUCGUUCUAUCGUAGUUCCUCCUUACAGAACCUUAACGUCGAUUUUAUUACGGGGAUCCCAGGAUGCACGGUUUCUUGGAAAUCUCUGAGGUCAUUGACGUUGGGUCAUUGUUUUCAAUCUCUUGAUGAUGUUCUCUCUGGCUGUCCGGUUCUUGAAACCUUGACUCUUGGUUACUGUGGUGGAGUUCAUAGCCUUGACUUGAGUAAGUCACCUACUCUCACAAUAUUGAAAAUCAAUCGCAGGCUGUACUGCUGGCCGACUCCAGGUUCAAUAAAGAUUGUAGCUCCGCACCUCCGUUAUUUGGAUUUGUUAAACACUCAUGAAACAUGUACUUUAGUUGAUGUCUCCUCUUUGACCAAAGCCAAACUUGACAUUCGCAUAUGGGGAGACCCAUACCGAUACCAUUAUUAUUCUGAUGAUGAGAAGGCUGACUUUCUUCGACUUGAGAACAUGCUGUUAAAGAUGCUAGCACAACUUCGAAAUGUUGAGCUGCUUACUUUUGAAACAACCUUUCUUCAGAUUAUAUCUGUCGCCGAACUACGUGGUGUCUCUUUCCCAAUGCUCAAGGUCCAAACUUUGACCCUUCAUACCAUGAUUGCAAGAUCUGUUACUCCUGGUAUAACCAGGUUACUACAAAGUUCACCUGCACUAAAGAAGCUUAUAGUAUACGCAACGGAACCGAAGUCCAUAGAUGUAUCUUUUUUACCGGAAAUAUAUUUUUUACCAUGCAGGCUAAUAAUAUUCUUUCCAUUUUAUGCAUAAUGUCAUUUUUUCACACAAAUUGAAAUGGAUUUUUUAUUAAUUAAUAUUUGUUUAAACUAAUAGUUUUUUAGAUAAAGAAAAUUAUUUAUAAAAUCAAUGCAUAAUAUUUUGUAAUUAAUAUUAAGUUUAAAAAUAGUAUAAAUUGUAUUUAAAAUUAUAAAAUGACAAUAAAAAUGUCAAUAGAGGGAGUAUGUCUUUCACUUUUUUGAUGGGCUAAUUUGUAUAUAGGAUUUGAUAUGUUGUUGAAAAAAAUCUCAAGUGUUAAUAUGAUUUGGACUUUAGAGUAACACUUUUUAUGUGCUCUACAGGAUAGGGAUCUGGACGAUUAUUUGGAUUCACAAGGCAUGAAUCUGGAUCAAUGUUGGAGAUCAAAAUGUGAUGGGUUUCCUACCUUGAGUAAUUUUCAUUUUAGGGAUGCAACGUGGUACUUGAAACUCGUGGCUUCGUUCAUUGAAUGGUUGCUGAAAAACGUAAAGACACUAGAGACUCUAGUUGUAGUGUUCGAAUAUCUCUGUUGCAGUGAUGAUGCAACAUGGUUUGAAGAGUUGCUUCGGAUGCUUCCAACGCUUUCUAACAACAAUAAUGUCUCCAUUGUGCUCAGACGCGGCUAAUGUAUUUGCAUCCACAUGUUUUAUUUAAAGUGUUAAUCUUAUACUUAAGUUGGAUGUUCAAUACUAUUUUGAUUUUACCAAAAAAAAAAAGAGUUCAAUUUUCUUUUGAAUCACUUAAUUAAUUGCUGCUAUCUGACUAACCAUUGCGCUUUUGUCUUUUUUAGACUUACUAGGUCCGUUCCCGGGCUACGCCCGGGUUAUUUGUUUGUGAAAAUGUUGAACCAAAAUAUCAUAUUAAAUUUUGGUGUUGAUUGUAUGGACGCAAUAAGUGUUGAGGUGGUUGUUGUGUCCUCCACUCCAAUCUCCACCAAAUAAAACUAAAACAACAGGUGCUCAGUGGAUGACAUAACGUUAGCUAAAGUUAAUUGCGAAAUCGUUUAAUUACAUAACCCGAAAAAGUGACCUUUCUAGACAUGGGUUUCAUAAAGUUGCAGUCUUAAAAUAAUAUUUGAUAUCUUCGCAUAGCCUUUUAGAUUAAGAUUCCAUCAUGUUAAAUCUUGAUACAUAGCAUAUAAAAUAGUGAUUAUUAGUACAAUUUUUGUAGGUGCUCUACAUUAUAAUAAAUUAGCAAUCAGGGCAAUAUGAUCUUGGAGUGUGACGGUUGUUAGCACCUGAUCCUCGAUAAUCGUUAACAUAAAUUUUAGAGUUUUGUCCUGAAUUUAUGUAUAUAACAUAAAUUCUCUUAUUUCAAAAGGUCAGAGUCUUAUUUCGAAUAAAUUCAGCAAAAUAAAAAGUAUUCCAAUAACCUAUUUAAUAUAUAAACACCCAAUUUUCAAAAAACGAAGCAUACUUAAUAAUAUUUUUUAAACGUGUAAUUGUUGAAAACUUACAGUUGAAUAUCGUUUCAGAAUAUUAUUUUAAUAUAUAUGUUGGUAAAAUUUUUAUUGUAAUAAACGAAUUUGGAGUUUUGUAAUAUUACAUAAAUUAAAGGUCUUUAAAAUCUAUUUGAAAUUUCAUCAUCUAUUAUUCUUUCUUCUUGCUCAAUCACAUCUAGACAUCGCCUUUUUUAAGUAUUAUAUAGAAGUAGGGUUUUAAAGGAAAGGAAUCAUAAAACAAUUUUAUAUGAAAAUAAAUCUAGGUAUCAAUUUUGUGAGAGAGAGAAUAAUAAUCCGAAUGAUGCAUGAAAUAGGGUCACUCCGUGCUGCAUGUUUUUGUGUAAUCCCUUAUUCGCCUUUUGAAAUGCUUUAUGUAAUCAAUUGAUUUGUUGAAGUAGAAAAUUGUUGCUGGUGUUGAACGGAGUAUAAGUUUGCCUGCAAAAUAUUGGAUAUUAUUCUUAUGCUGUUAAAUAAAAAAAUUAUAUAUGUAUGAUUUUUUGAUGUGUUAUAUAGAAUUAUUUACCUUGGAUUAGUUUAGGAAUUAAGCUUGUGACGAUCAUAACUUUAGAUUUUCUAUCUUUCUUACUUUGUAGGAUGCUAAAAUCUGCUGCUUGCUUGUCGCACAAUAUGAGUUUGACGAUCGUUGACCUGAGAUAGAGAUGUGGUAUGAAGAUAAUAAUUAUUCUGUUGUUAACUAUUGUGUUAAACUAACCUGUUCAGCCGUAGGCCAAUCGUGGCAUCAAUAUUGAGUUCCGGGUGGUGAGGUUUUAUUUUUUGUAUUAUGACUAUCUGUCCGACGACAUCUGCACAUUUAUUUUAGAAUAAAUAUACAUAUUUGUUUAAUUAAUACUGUGAUGACAUAUUUACCUGGUAAGUGUGUGGGCAAAAUGGCCAACCGCAAUAGAUUUCUGUAUUUCUGAGGAGAUAAACUGUGAACUGGAAAUAUCGGACCAUCGAGUGUAACAUUCAAUGCUAUUGUCUUUUGGUUGAUCUGAAUAUUGUAAGGCAGUUGGGUGAGUUUCCGUUGUCGGGAAUUAUGUAUGACAGAAAAUCUCGAGAACUCAUAUGUAUCUCCUUCGGUUAAGUUUUUUGGAUCAUCUGGCUGAAUGUCUCCGGUGACCCGACCUUCUAAUAGUUGUCCCUGGGUGUGAUCAAAUUUUGGUGUGCCAAUCCAAUUAAGUAAGCAGUGAGUUAUUUAAAUCAAAUAUGGUGGAUUGGAAAACAUAUAUAUAUAUAUAUAUAGAAGUUUAGAAAAGGCUUACGUGGUGGUCGUAGCACAGGAAGCCGAUGGAAGUUCGAGUAUUAUCUAUUUGGUGUUUUUUGAUGUCCCAAACAUUUCUUAUACAUACUAUGAUAGGACGCACUGAAACCCCUUCUUGAAGUUCGUGGAUUCUUUGGGGAAUGUGUUGCAUUGAAGAUGUCACAAAAAAACAUUCGAUUUAAAAAUUGUAAUAAGGUACAUGAAUUUCUAACUAUAUUUAUUACACACAUGGAUUUAAAAAGGCAUUCGCCUACGGCCCCCAAAUUCUGUAAAAUAUUUAGGGCCCCUAAUUACAAAAAAAAAAAAAUUACUUGAUAUUUAAUGUAUUUUUUUAGUUAGAUUUUUAUUAUUAUUUGAUUCUAAAUUUGACUUGUGUUUAAAAUAACUAAUUUGUGAUCAAUUUUACAAUAUUUUAUAUAAAACUAUAAAGAUUCUAUUUCAAAUUAACUAUAAAUAUUUGAUCCAUAUUUGUCUUCUUUGUAUAUAUUAUGAGUUAAAUUUAUUUUAUAUAUUUAUAGAAUUUGAUUAAAAAUUUAUAAUAUUUUGAAUAUAUAGUUUAUUGUAUUUAAUUUAAAUGCUAAUAUUAAAAUUUUUAACAGCGACCAACAUUUCAAUCCAAAACGCUAAAAAUUUAUAGUUUGGUUUUUAGUUUAUAAAAGUCUGGUGCAUAAAAUUUAGAAAAUGUUAAGGUAAUAUAUCAAAACUUUUUAGUGUUAUAUAUAUAUAUAUAUAUAUAUAUAUAUGUUUU